CGGAUUAGAAAGAUCCAUUAUUAGUUUUUUAUCGGCUCAACAUUCUGGGUUUAGAAGUUGUCUACCAUUAAACUCAUUUUGUCCUAUGAGUAUACCAAUUUUUCCCCGAUACAUUAGGUCUAGAUCUAUUUACACACAAACUAAGUCUAUUAUUUUAUAUCUAGAUAUCUAGUAACAUAUUGUAAAUAGUAAUACUAUUCAUUUUGGAUUUAAAUUUAAUAAACAAUCAGAUCUACAAUGUUCAGAAAUCAGUAUGAUAAUGAUGUUACAGUCUGGAGUCCACAGGGGCGGAUUCACCAAUUGGAAUAUGCCAUGGAGGCUGUUAAGCAAGGAUCUGCAUGUGUUGGCAUGAAAUCAAAAACACAUGCAAUUUUGGUAGCCCUUAAGAGAGCCCCAUCAGAAUUAUCAGCCCACCAGAAAAAGAUCUUACCUAUUGAUGACCACAUAGCAGUCUCUAUUGCAGGGCUCACUGCAGAUGCUAGGUUACUAUGCAAUUACAUGAGAAAUGAAUGUCUCAAUUCCCGAUGGGCCUACAACACACCGCUUUCAGUUUCUCGAUUGGUAGCAUCAGUUGGAAGUAAAUCACAGAUACCUACUCAGCGGUAUGGUCGGCGCCCUUUUGGUGUUGGCUUAUUAGUUGCUGGAUAUGAUGCUCAAGGCCCACAUAUUUAUCAGACCUGUCCAUCUGCCAACUACUAUGAUUGUAAAGCCAUGGCAAUAGGAGCACGAUCACAGUCAGCUAGAACAUAUCUGGAAAAACAUCUUGAUGUUUUCCCUGAUUGUUCACUAGAUGAGCUAGUUAAACAUGGUUUAAGAGCUUUGAGAGACACUCUACCUCAAGAAGUGGAUCUCACACCAAAGAAUUGUUCCAUUGGUAUAGUUUCAAAAGACACAAAGUUUUCCAUUCUAGAUGAUGACGAAGUUGCACCAUUUUUGGCAAUGAUUGAAGGUGAGGAAAGAAGUGUGAGGCCUGUCCAGGAAGAAGUAGGGCAACCAAUGGAAGCAGACGACCCAUCAAGUGGUGCCCAGCCUGAUCCUCUUGUUGCUGCUGCAGAUGAAACUAUGGAUCAGUAGUUUUUUUGUUCAAUUAAAUUGUGUUUCGAAAUAGUGA